AUGGAAGGGAUAGGUCCAAAUUCAUGUCCAAGGCAAGGAUUAGAGAAGAAAGCAAGGCCACAAGAGCAAAUAAAUUGUCCAAGGUGCAAUUCAACCAACACAAAAUUUUGUUAUUACAACAACUAUAGUCUCACACAACCAAGAUACUUUUGCAAGACAUGUAGAAGGUAUUGGACUGAAGGAGGAUCUCUAAGAAAUGUUCCUGUUGGAGGAGGUUCAAGGAAGAACAAGAAAGUUCCUUCAUCAUCAUCAUUAGCCACACCUAAUAAUAAUAAUAACUCACCAAAAAUUCCUGACCUAAAUCCACCAACCCUUCAAGUCUCACAUCUUUCAUCUCAUCAAAACCCUAAAAUGCAUGGAGGCCAAGAUCUUAACCUAGCUUUUCCAUCUAUGGAAAACUAUCAUCACCAUCAUCAUAAUCCUCAUCAUCAGAAUCAUCAUGGUAUGUCAUCAUCAUAUAUUGAGAUGCAUAACAAUAAUGAAUCAUCUUCUUCUUCAGCUCUUGACCUACUUAGGUCUAGCAUGGCAUCUAGAGGCAUAAACCCUUAUGCUAAUAAUAAUAAUAUUUCUUUGAUGCCAAACUCAAAUGCUAUUUACCCUUCUGGAUUUCCCAUGCAAGAAGUUAAACCUAGUCUUGGAUUUUCAAUUGAUGGAAUCAAUGGAAAUAGAUCAUAUGAUCAUGUUCAAGUCCAAGAUGGUGGCGGUGGCAGUGAUGGUGGUGGUGGAAGACUUUUGUUCCCUUUUGGAGAAGUUAAUAAACAGCUUCCUACAAGUGGUGUUCAAGUGGAACAUAAUAAAGAUCAACAAGGAAAUUCAACUGGAUAUUGGAAUGGAAUGAUUGGUGAAGGAUCAUGGUAA